GGCAGGCGCGGAACUGGGCAUGCUCGGUGUCGGCGCAGCUCUGGGUCGCAAGUAGGAAGCCCGUGCACGACACCGGCGGAGCCGAGUGGAGCGCUACCGAGGCGGCCUGGGCCGCAGGUCCGGCGUGGGUGCGCGAGCCCCGGGCGGCGGUGAGAGACCGCGUCCCGGGCUGUCACCCGCGCGGCGGGGUCCGAGUCGGAGCGGGAACGGACGGGACGCCCGCCGCGCGGCCCGAGGGCGCCCCCCAGGGCGGAGCUGCGGCCGGGAGGGGGACGGGGCCAUGGGGCUGCUGUCCCAAGGCUCGCCGCUGAGCUGGGAAGAGACCCAGCGCCACGCCGACCACGUGCGGCGGCACGGCAUCCUCCAGUUCCUGCACAUCUACCACGCCGUCAAGGACCGGCACAAGGACGUGCUCAAGUGGGGUGACGAGGUGGAGUACAUGUUGGUGUCCUUUGAUCAUGAAAAUAGAAAAGUCCAGUUGGUCCUGCACGGAGAAGACGUUCUUGAAACUCUGCAGGAGAAGGGGGAAAGAAUAAACCCCAACCACCCGACCCUCUGGAGGCCGGAGUAUGGAAGCUACAUGAUUGAAGGGACGCCUGGCCAACCCUAUGGAGGAACGAUGUCUGAGUUCAACACAGUGGAGGCCAACAUGAGGAAACGCCGGAAGGAGGCUACGUCUGUAUUAGGAGAAAAUCAGGCUCUUUGUACAAUAACUUCUUUUCCCAGACUAGGCUGCCCUGGAUUCACACUGCCGGAGCACAAACCCAACCCAGAAGAAGGAGGCGCAUCUAAGUCUCUCUUCUUUCCAGACGAAGCCAUAAACAAGCACCCCCGCUUUGGUACCCUAACAAGAAACAUCCGGCAUAGGAGAGGAGAAAAGGUCGUCAUCAAUGUGCCAAUCUUCAAGGACAAGAACACACCAUCUCCAUUUGUAGAAACAUUUCCUGAAGAUGAGGAGGCAUCAAAGGCUUCUAAGCCAGACCAUAUUUACAUGGAUGCCAUGGGAUUUGGGAUGGGCAAUUGCUGUCUUCAGGUAACAUUCCAAGCCUGCAGCAUAUCUGAGGCUAGAUACCUUUAUGAUCAGCUGGCCACUAUCUGCCCCAUUGUUAUGGCUUUGAGUGCUGCGUCUCCAUUUUACCGAGGCUAUGUGUCAGAUAUUGAUUGUCGCUGGGGAGUGAUUUCUGCAUCUGUUGAUGACAGAACACGGGAGGAGAGAGGAUUGGAGCCCCUGAAGAACAACCGUUUCAGGAUUAGUAAAUCUCGCUAUGACUCAAUAGAUAGCUACCUGUCUGCAUGUGGUGAGAAGUACAACGACAUCAGCCUGACCACUGACAGAGAGAUCUACCAGCAGCUCCUACAGGAGGGCAUUGAUCAUCUUCUGGCACAGCACGUUGCUCACCUCUUUAUUAGAGACCCACUCACCCUUUUUGAAGAGAAAAUACACCUGGAUGAUGCCAACGAGUCGGACCAUUUUGAGAAUAUUCAGUCCACAAACUGGCAGACAAUGAGGUUUAAGCCUCCUCCUCCAAACUCAGACAUCGGAUGGCGAGUCGAGUUCCGACCCAUGGAGGUGCAGUUAACAGACUUUGAGAACUCUGCCUAUGUGGUGUUUGUGGUUCUGCUCACCAGGGUCAUCCUCUCCUACAAACUGGAUUUCCUCAUUCCACUGUCCAAGGUUGAUGAAAACAUGAAAGUGGCACAGAAGCGAGAUGCUGUCCUUCAGGGGAUGUUUUACUUCAGGAAAGACAUCUGCAAAGGUGGCAACGCUGUGGUAGAUGGGUGUAGCAAGGCCCAGAGCAGCGCUGAGCCGGCUGCCGAGGAGUACACUCUCAUGAGCAUCGACACCAUCAUCAACGGGAAGGAAGGGGUGUUUCCUGGACUCAUCCCCAUUUUGAACUCCUAUCUUGAAAACAUGGAAGUAGAUGUGGACACCAGAUGCAGUAUUCUGAACUACCUAAAGCUAAUUAAGAAGAGAGCAUCUGGAGAACUGAUGACUGUUGCCAGGUGGAUGAGAGAGUUUAUCGCAACCCAUCCUGACUACAAGCAAGACAGUGUGAUAACUGAUGAGAUAAACUAUAGCCUCAUUUUGAAAUGUAACCAAAUUGCAAAUGAAUUAUGUGAAUGUCCAGAGCUACUCGGAUCAGGAUUUAGAAAAGCAAAGUACAGUGGAGGCAAAAGCGACUCUUCGAGCUAGACGUCCAGUAGGAAGGGGGUGUGUCGCUGUUGGUGAGUGACAGAGGCAGCACUGACUCCUGGCGGCUCAGAGGCUGUGAAGACCCAGACCUGCGCCAGUGGCUAGAAGUAACUAGAAGCUUCCUUCAGUAGGUAAAUCUGAGUUUGUAUAUGUGUAUACAAAGUAUUUUUAUGAUUAACAAUGUAUUUUAAUAACAUUGUAUCUAAAGUCAUAGUGGCUUGUACAUUUCUGAAUUCUACUCUGGAGCAACUACUGUCUAAGCAGUUUUGUAAAUGUAAUUGUACAAUAAUACCUGCAUUCCAGAGUUUCAAAUGUUUACUGUAAAUCUUCUUUAAUACUACCUGGGACCUGAUUCACUGAAAUUUACUUAAAAA